AUGGAUCAACGCACCGCAAGCUUCGUCGUCGGCCACAACUACCAGCUCAUCGACACAAUUGGCGAGGGCGCGUAUGGCGUCGUCUGCUCCGCGCUCCACGUCCCCUCCCAGCGCAAGGUCGCCAUAAAGCGAAUCACCCCCUUCGACCACUCCAUGUUCUGUCUCCGCACCCUCCGCGAGAUCAAGCUUCUCCGCCACUUCCACCACGAGAACAUCAUCUCCAUCCUCGACAUCCUCCAGCCCCCGAGCCUCGCAGAGUUCAGGGAGGUCUAUCUCGUCCAGGAGCUCAUGGAGACCGACCUCCAUCGCGUCAUCCGCACACAGACACUCAGCGACGAUCAUUGUCAGUACUUCAUCUAUCAGACUCUGCGCGCACUCAAGGCCCUUCACUCGGCCGAUGUCCUCCACCGCGAUCUCAAACCCUCAAACCUCCUGCUCAACGCAAACUGCGACCUCAAGCUAUGCGACUUUGGGCUCGCCCGAUCGGCGCGUCCGCCCCCAGACGUCGACGACAGCAGCAACUUCCUUACGGAAUACGUCGCGACGCGAUGGUACCGUGCCCCAGAGGUCAUGCUCACCUUCAAAGAAUAUACCCGCGCAAUCGAUAUCUGGAGCGUCGGCUGCGUGCUUGCAGAGAUGCUCAGCGGAAAGCCGCUCUUUCCGGGUCGAGAUUAUCACCAUCAGCUGUCCAUUAUCCUCGAUAUCCUGGGCACACCCUCGAUUGACGACUUCUACGCGAUCACCUCGCAGCGAUCGAGAGAAUACCUCCGCGCCCUGCCCUUCCGCAAGCAGAAACCGUUCAGCCAGCUUUUCCCGGAAGCGAACCCCCUCGCCAUCGACUUGAUGGAGAAAUGCCUCACAUUCAGUCCGAAGAAGCGCAUCGACGUUUCAGAAGCCCUGAAGCAUCCAUACCUCGAAUCAUACCAUGACCCAGAUGAUGAGCCUAUCGCAGACCCGCUUGACCCUUCCUUCUUCGACUUCGACAGUGCCGAACCUCUAGGGAAAGAAGAACUGAAAGUCUUGAUAUACAAAGAAAUCACACACUCUUGA